CAGGUGUGGCUAAACGGGAGUCCCCCACCUGGCCAGGUGAGCAGUCAGGCCGCCGGCAGCCAUGUGACGUUGUUGCCCAGCCACAGCGAUUGGAGGAAACCGGCCAAUUCUCUCCGAGGCUCCGGGAGACGACCGCGUUCGGUGUCUUCGGUGCAGUCGACUUCCGAGCAUCCUCAGCUAUGGAUAAGCUGAAAUCGGUUGUGAGUGGCGAGGAGGCGCGCAGAGAUGACCGAACCAUCCUAGAGACCGUGAAUGGGGCCUCCACGUUAGGCUGGGGCGCACGCGUGAAGGGAUUCGUCGCCUGUUUCGUGGUGGGGGCCGCGUGCACAAUUUUGGGUGUGUGUGUGCUCUUCCUCCCCAGGAUCGGGCUCACUCUCUUCAUCGUCUUUUAUACUUUUGGAAACAUAUGUGCUCUGUGCAGCACCAUGUUUCUGAUGGGGCCAUUGAAGCAGCUGAAAAGGAUGUGUGACAAAACAAGAGCGCUGGCCACCACUAUUAUGAUUGUAAGUGCACAAACCUAAUGUUGGGGGUUUUUU